AUGGUUGGGUUACAAUCGUUGUUAUCCUCAGAGCACAAGUCAAGUGUUGAUUUUUCAAUAACAAUUGGUUACUUUUCUUGUUCAAAAAUACAAGUAGCUAAGACAACCAAGCAGGAAUUGAAAGAUUUACAUUUGAAAGAGUUUAAUUAUACUAGAGAAUAUUAUGAUCCAUAUGGUAGAUUGAAGGCAAUGAUCCCUAAAGCAUAUGAUGGACAUAAACCUGAGUUGGAAGACUUUUGGGCUAACCUUCAGGACAGUUUUGAAGUUAGAGAGAUGAAUUAUUACUGGCUUACAGUACCACAAGUAAGAGAUUUUAAAAUAGAGACAAAUAUCCCUAAGGAAUUAAAGGAUGAUGGCGAAUUGUUAGAUCCAAUGUACAAGGAACAAGAAAUGGAUAAGAAGCCCCUUUCCCCAAUUAAAUUGGAACGUGUGGACAAAGAAGAAACCUGUAUUAACAAGGAACUAAAUCCGGAAACAUAUAAUACAGAGGAGGACAAGGUUUAUAGAAAUGGUGGAAUGUCGGUACAGGUGAGAAUGCAGACGUGGAUGGUGACAAGGCAGCAUCCAUUUCCAGUUGGGCCAUGGAUUGGCGCCAGGGGAGCUACAAAGUGUGCUACUGUAAGCAUGGCAACAGUCUCUCUGUAUGACUCUUUAUCAUCAAAGAAGGGUUGCCGAUUUAGAAAACGUGCAGACUGGAAAGUGAGAGCAGCAGCCGUUGUAUAUAAAAACCUUCGGCCGGAUGAUUUCAUGCAUCCUCUUGACAAACAGAAUACAGCACUUCUAAGAGCUCUUCCAGGCUUGAAUGAAUUUGGCAAGAUGUUAUUGGGGCCAGUAGCAGAGCAGAUUAUGCUUCUGGAGAACAUAGGAACCUCAGUGCUUGUGACUGAAAAUCAGCUUUCUGAUCUUCAUCAAGUACUGGUUGAAGCAGCAAAUCUUCUGUGUGUUGAGGCUCCUGACCUCUAUGUACGGCAGAAUCCUGUGCCAAAUGCAUAUACCUUAGCAAUAGGAGGACGAAAGCCAUUUAUUGUGGUUCAUACAAGUAUUGUGGAGCUUCUUACCCUUAGGGAGUUGCAGGCAGUGAUAGCACAUGAAUUAGGACACCUCAAGUGUGACCAUGGCAUCUGGCUCACUUUUGCAAACAUUCUUACAUUGGGUGCCUACUCUGUACCUGGUUUAGGUUCUUUUAUUGAGGAACAGUUAUUCCGGUGGUUGCAAGCAGCAGAACUGACAUGUGAUAGAGCUGCCUUGCUUGUGGUGCAGGAUCCGAAAGUGGUGAUUUCAGUGUUAAUGAAAUUGGCGGGAGGGUGCCCAUCUCUGGCAGAUCAAUUGAAUGUAGAUGCAUUUCUGGACCAAGCUCGAUCUUAUGAUGCUGCCUCAUCAACCCCAGUGGGUUGGUAUCUAAGGAAUGCUCAGACACGCCAGCUAUCCCAUCCAUUGCCUGUUCUCCGUGCCAAGGAAAUAGAUCAGUGGGCCACAAGCCCUCAAUACAAGGCUCUCUUAGCCCGUUCUGCUGCUAUUCAACAAAACAAAUCUAGCUGAGAAAAACUGGAAGACAUAUAAUGUAAAAUAUAGAACAUGUCCUAUAAUUCUUAUAAUUCGAUUCCAAACUAAACUGUAUUAUGCGACGUUAUAUUCAUAGGCAACAGGAAUUUCUAAGUUCAGGGAUGAGGACCCCUUUCCCACAUUUAACCCACAUCUCCUGGACUCUUAUGAUUAUAUUAAAUUGUAAAUUGUAAUAUAGUCAUACACUUUAUUCAUAUACUCUCUGUCCCAGUACCAGUACCAGUAUGACUCAUUAUAUUGUGAAAGGCUAGUACUUGCAUCAUUACAGAGAUCCGCUGCGAGAACAUAUCCAUUUGAACAAUAAAUAUUGCCAUGCUCUAGCAAUGUCUUUGAAAA